GGCUAUCUCUGGAACCCUGAAGGCAGCAGGAGUCGUCUGCAGAGAGCUGGACUGUGGCUCUGCUGUUUCUGUGGGAAAGAGAGAGGAGUCCUCAGAGAGACCUGUGUGGAUGAUCAGCUCUGUCUGUGCUCAGUCUGGAUCUGCUCUGAGGGAGUGUGCAGCACCAGAUUCCUCUAAAGACAUCCUGAAUCUCACCUGCUCAGACUCUGUCAGGCUGCUGGGGGGGACUGGUCUGUGCUCAGGCAGACUGGAGGUGAAGUCUGACCAGUCUAACCAGUCUAACCCGUCCUGGUCCUCAGUGUGUGAGGCUGACUUUGACCAGCAGGAUGCUCAGGUGGUCUGCCGGCAGCUGGGCUGUGGGGCUCCUUCAGUCCUCCAGGGGGCGCUCUAUGGAGAAGGGGAGGCUCCAAUGUGGACCAAAGAGUUCCAGUGUGGAGGCCAUGAGUCUGCUCUCCUGGACUGUAGCUCAGCCUCAGAGAGAAACACCUGCUCACCUGGCACAGCUGUUAGCCUCACCUGCUCAGAGCCUGAUGAGGUCAGACUGGUGGGAGGAGAGAGUCGCUGUGCAGGAGACCUGGAGGUGAAACAUCAGGGAGAAUGGAGACCAGUGUCUCUCAGGACCCUGAAGGCAGCAGGAGUCGCCUGCAGAGAGCUAGACUGUGGCUCUGCUGUUUCUGUGGGAGAGAGAGAGGAGUCCUCAAGGAGACCUGUGUGGUUCAUCAGAUCUGACUGUGUUGAGUCUGGAUCUGCUCUGAGGGAGUGUGCAGCAUCAGCUUCCUCUGACUCCUUCCUGAAUCUCACCUGUUCAGAGGAGGUGAGCCUCAGCACCAGCUGGAUGAGGCCUUGUCCUGUUAGAGGAGGUGAGCCUCAGGACGAGCUGGAUGAGGCCUUGUCCUGUUAG